GAGAGAAAGGAGGCCUGGUGUCCGUUGGGUACGGAGACGAUGACUUCACCCGCCUGGAUGGGGAUGAAGACGGGUACGAGGAAGAGGAUGAUGAGAACAGCAGGCAGUCAGAAGAUGACGAUUCAGAGACUGAAAAACCUGAGGCUGGUGACCUAAAGGAAUUCUCAGAACUGGAGAAAAGAGAUCCUCAGGAGCUAGUUGCUUCUUUUUCAGAGAGAGUGCGGAACAUGUCUCCAGAUGAGAUCAAAAUCCCUCCUGAGCCUCCUGGCAGAUGUUCUAACCACUUGCAGGAUAAAAUUCAAAAGCUGUAUGAGAGGAAAAUAAAAGAGGGCAUGGAUAUGAACUUGAUCAUUCAGAGGAAAAAGGAGUUCCGCAACCCCAGCAUCUAUGAAAAGCUGAUUCAGUUUUGUUCGAUUGAUGAACUCGGUACAAAUUAUCCAAAGGACAUGUUUGAUCCUCAUGGCUGGUCAGAGGAUUCAUAUUAUGAGGCACUAGCUAAAGCCCAGAAGAUUGAAAUGGACAAAUUGGAGAAGGCCAAGAAGGAGCGCACAAAGAUUGAAUUUGUGACUGGCACUAAAAAGGGUACAACAACAAGCGCAGCCUCUACAACAACCACAACUGCCAGUACCACUGUGGGAGAUGCCCAGAAGAGGAAGAGCAAGUGGGACUCGGCCAUCCCUGUAACGACGAUAGCUCAGCCCACCAUCCUCACCACUACUGCAACUCUGCCAGGCGUUGUCACAGUGACAACCAGCGCAAGUGGAUCCAAAACUACAGUCAUAUCGGCUGUUGGCACCAUUGUGAAAAAGGCAAAGCAGUGACUGGUGUGCUGGGCCUGGAUUUUUGGACUUAAUUGUCAUUGAAGCCAUUGUUCUCGGAAGGGAGGGGUAGCUUUCGCCUUUGGUAAAAGAUGACAAGAUUCUUUGAAACAGACCACAGUUCCCUUUUGAAGGCGUGGGGGCAGGAGCAGGCAUGCCAGCUGUGUGCCCACAGGAAUGGACCUCUGCCUAAAAUGCCUCUGUCUUUUCUUGCUGUGGGAAGAGCCAGUCUGUGUGUGUUGUGCUGGAGGAAGGUGGUAUCUGGAUCAGCCUGUAAAAGUUAGCUUAUUAAAUUGCUGCGUUAGGUGGUUCUUUCCUACUUGCAAAUCUGGUU